AUUCACGCAACGAAAGCAACUCAUCUUUCGCCCCCAAAUUCCUUUUUGUUUUCUUUCAUUUGUUUAGAAUCUCGUCGUUUACACGUUGAGAAUCAACCUCAAUUCUCUGGUCUUUAUUAAGCUGAUAAUAAUGGCGGGUCAGAGGAAUAGCUAUGGGAAGCGGGCUCAUUCUCAGUCUGAUAAUUCUGAGAAUGGAUCAUAUAAGAGGAGAAAUGCAGGUGAUGACAGGGAACAAUUUGUUAUUGGUUCAGAUGAUACUGUGUAUCGGUAUUUGUGCCCUGCGAGAAAGAUAGGAAGCAUUAUUGGAAGGGGAGGGGAGAUUGUUAGGCAAUUAAGGGCAGACACCAAAUCGAAGAUUAGAAUUGGUGAGGCAAUUCCUGGUUCCGAGGAGCGUGUGGUAACUAUCUACAGCUCUAGAGAUGAUACAAAUGCCCUUGAAGAUGGGGACACUUUUGUUUCUCCUGCACAAGAUGCUUUAUUCCGUGUGCAUGAUAAAGUUGUUGCUGAAGAUUUGCACAGUGAUGAAGAUUCUGAAGGCCGCCAAAUUACUGCUCGGCUUCUUGUAACCUCUGAUCAGAUUGGAUGUAUCAUAGGAAAGGGUGGACAGAUCGUUCAAAACAUACGUAGUGAAACUGGUGCCCAGAUUCGCAUUCUUAAGGAUGAUUUACCUUCUUGUGCCUUCGCUUCAGAUGAACUUGUACAGAUAUCUGGUGAAGCUGCUGUUGUGAAAAGGGCUCUGCAUCAAAUUGCAUCUCGCCUUCAUGAGAAUCCUUCACGAACUCAGCACUUGCUUACUUCUGCUGUGUCCAAUGCAUAUCCUGCUGGUGGUGCAAUGCUUGGUCCAUCUUCUGGUGCCCAGAUUGUAGGGCUAACUUCAUUGGUUGGUCCAUAUGGACGAUACAAAGGUGACACUGGGGAAUGGCCACGCUCCAUGUACUCAGCUCCAAGGGAUGAUAUGUCAUCAAAAGAAUUUUCUCUUCGUUUGGUUUGUCCAACUGCUAAUAUUGGAGGUGUGAUUGGCAAAGGUGGUGCAAUAAUUAACCAGAUCAGGCGGGAAUCAGGUGCAGCUAUCAAAGUAGAUAGCACAAGUACAGAUGGAGAUGAUUGCAUAAUAACUAUAUCAGCUAAAGAGUUCUUUGAGGAUACAUUUUCACCUGCUAUUGAAGCAGCUGCACGGUUGCAACCUAGAUGCAGUGAGAAGAUUGAAAGAGACUCUGGAAUUAUAUCAUUCACAACCCGUUUACUUGUGCCAACUUCACGUAUUGGCUGCCUUAUUGGUAAAGGUGGAGCUAUUGUAACUGAGAUGAGAAGGAUUACAAAAGCUAAUAUCCGUAUCUUGUCAAAGGAAAACCUUCCAAAAAUAGCAUCUGAAGAUGAUGAGAUGGUUCAGAUUUCUGGAGACCUUGAUGUUGCUAAGGAUGCCCUGGUACAAGUAACAACGCGGUUAAGAGCCAAUCUUUUUGAUAGGGAAGGUGCUGUUUCUGCACUAGUGCCAGUUUUGCCAUAUCUUCACAUGCCAACUGAAGGAACAGACAGUUUGAGUUAUGAAAGUAGAGAGGGCAAGAGACAUGGGCGUCUGCAUACUUAUUCUGGUGGUUAUGGCUCCAGUGAUUUAGCUCAUAAUGACAGCUAUGGAAGUUAUGGUGGUCUCCAGAUUGGUGGUAGUUCCAGUGCUUAUGGAGCUUAUGGAGGUUAUUCUUCAGGGCGUGGUGGUACUGGGUUAUCAACCCAUAACCCUAUCUCCCGGCGCUAAAACCACAGUUACUAAAAUUCCGUGAAUUGGUACGUGCAGGUAGAUUAUAGUUUUCUAAGUAUUUGUAUGUCUAUUUCUAUAACUGGCAAUUCUCUGAUUUGGACCAAUACAUACUAGUGUAUAGCCUAUCCAAUCUCCCUAAUUACAGAUCUGAUGCUCUUUUUUCCCUUUGUUGCCAUUCCAAUCCCAUUAAAACAGCUGAUUUAUGAAGCCUGAAGCCAGCCUACUGCCUACUUUGCUGAAGCCUGCCUAAACCUGAAGACCAGAUGAACCAUGGUUUGACAUACUCAUGGCCCACCCUGAUGCAACUACCUAGAAGGAUCAAAUAUAUGUGAAGAUCUUAGUAUUAUCUUUGAAAUUUGCCAUGUCCAUGACACCAAAAACACCAAGCUCUGUUAUAUGUGCUUCCCAAGAACCUAGCUAGCCGGCAUGCUUGUUGCAGACUUUUAUUUCCUUAUUUUGUUGUUUCUGCUUUUUAGUUUGCAUUUGUUUAGGGGUUCUAAUCCUUGUACCGUCUUCCAUCCACUGGCAGUUGUACUGAGAGUGCUGAGUUUAUUAUCUGACAUUUGUCUUCUUUAUUUCUUUAAUUUCGCUGGUUAUCUC